AUGGGCUGUUAUGAAUUGGCAGUUAUUGCACCAUUCAUAUCGAUUUUAUGGCGUGUUCAAUGGAAGUUUAUAAAUGCUUGUGCAUUUUUUGAAUACAUACUACUAAUAUUAUACAUAUUGCAGAUGCAGUACAUGAUAAAUGAUAACAUUUUGGAAAGAAAAUCAUGCUUAAGUACAUUAAAAGAUAUGUAUUUGGAAAUUAUAGAAUGCUUAAAUCAUGUCAAUAGAUCGAUUUAUGGUAUGCCGGUCAUUGUUGGAUUUAUUGCAGGAACAAUUGGUGAAAUCAUUACAUUGUUAUACAGCAAUUUAUUAUUCCCUGAAGAUUCUAUAAACGACAUUUAUCAUAUUGUACUUGCUUCUAUAGGAUUAUUAGUAAAAAUAGCCAAUCUUAUUGUAUUAUAUGGAAUCGGUCGUGUCACGGAACAAGAGAUUAAUCGAAUAAGUUUAGUCUUAUAUCAAUUGUACGUAAUCGAAAGAAACCCCAGAAUAAAACGUCAGAUCAAGUUUUUUAUUUUACAAAGAUUGCACGAACAUUAUCGUUUUGAGGUGCAUGGAAUAUGUCGGAUUACUUUAAAACAACUACUUAUUUUAUCAAACAAAGUAUUAUGUGCUUACCUAUUUAUUCAAAUUCAGUUCAAAUUAAAUAAAAAUUAAACAGAUUUUUUUCAAUCGUCAUAGAAUUAAUCUAUUGACA